AUGGCAACACUGAUAUUAAAUGUCAUGACAUGACAAAGCAGCAAAAACACUAAUUUUGUCGAGUCUUUUCUAAUAAAAAUACAAUAAGUUUUGUGCUUACUAGAAUUCCUUGAUUCUAUACAAAUAUCAUGGCUACAACUCUUGAAGAUAAAUCUAUUUGGGAAGAUGGUGAGGAAGCUCUCAGUGAGGAAGUGCUUCGUAUGCCAACAGAUGAGAUUAUCAGCCGCACGAGACUCCUAGACAAUGAAAUAAAGAUCAUGAAGAGCGAAGUGAUGCGAAUUUCCCACGAGUUGCAAGCCCAGAACGAAAAGAUCAAGGAGAAUACAGAGAAGAUCAAAGUUAACAAAACCCUUCCAUACCUUGUUUCGAACGUAAUAGAGUUAUUAGACGUGGAUCCUCAGGAAGAGGAAGAAGAUGGUGCAGUCGUCGAUCUUGACUCUCAAAGAAAGGGUAAAUGUGCAGUAAUUAAAACUUCCACACGCCAAACAUACUUUUUACCAGUCAUUGGUCUGGUCGAUGCUGAUAAAUUGAAGCCUGGAGACUUGGUGGGCGUCAACAAGGACUCUUACCUGAUAUUGGAAACGCUGCCUGCGGAGUACGAUGCGAGGGUGAAGGCUAUGGAGGUGGAUGAGAGGCCUACAGAACAGUACUCAGACAUUGGAGGGUUGGACAAACAGAUUCAGGAACUCAUAGAAGCUGUGGUGCUCCCAAUGACCCACAAGGAGAAGUUUGUGAAUCUCGGCAUCCAUCCUCCCAAGGGCGUGCUCCUGUAUGGUCCACCCGGCACCGGGAAGACCCUGCUGGCCAGGGCUUGUGCUGCCCAGACCAAGUCCACUUUCCUGAAGUUGGCUGGCCCUCAACUAGUGCAGAUGUUUAUCGGUGACGGCGCUAAACUGGUCCGUGACGCCUUCGCCCUCGCCAAGGAGAAAGCACCAGCCAUUAUCUUUAUAGAUGAGCUGGAUGCCAUUGGUACUAAACGUUUUGACUCGGAGAAGGCGGGAGACAGGGAAGUCCAGCGUACCAUGCUGGAACUGCUUAAUCAACUUGACGGAUUCAGCUCUACUGCUGAUAUAAAGGUGAUUGCAGCCACAAACAGAGUUGAUAUCCUGGACCCAGCAUUGCUUAGGUCAGGGCGUUUGGACAGGAAGAUUGAGUUCCCGCAUCCCAAUGAAGAGGCCAGAGCUAGGAUUAUGCAGAUCCACUCUAGAAAAAUGAAUGUGAGCCCCGAUGUGAAUUUCGAAGAGUUAUCCCGCUCCACGGACGACUUCAACGGCGCGCAGUGCAAGGCGGUUUGCGUAGAAGCUGGUAUGAUAGCCCUGCGCCGCUCGGCCACGGCCGUCACCCACGAAGACUUCAUGGACGCCAUCUUGGAAGUACAGGCCAAGAAGAAGGCGAACCUUAGCUAUUAUGCUUAGUUUUUAAAAUAUGUAUGGUCAAUAAAAUUCUGUUAACGC